CUGAUUUUGGCAAGGGGGUGGAGAGAGUCCGGGAGAGCCGGAGUGAUUUUUUUAUUUAUUUAUUUAAAUAUAAAAAAUGGCCGCCACAGAGAGCGGAGAGGAGAGGCAUGAGGAUAAAAGUGAAGACCAGGAUCAACAGGGCCAAAAAGAUAAAUCCUUAAAACUGAAGAAAUUAAGAAAAGAAAAAAAGGAAGGUGGGCAGGAUGAAGACAAAGCAGAACCUUCCUCAGCAUCACCUCCUCUUCCCAGUGAGCAGCAGCCACCUCAGUCUUCCAUGGAGCCUACCGAUGGUGGAAGGGCCGAAACCUGUGAGGCUUCUUCAGCACCUAUGGAGCCCACAGCCUCUCCUAAACAGCGACGUUCAAUAAUUCGUGACAGGGGCCCAUUGUACGAUGAUCCAUCCUUGCCUGCUGGCUGGACCCGAAAGCUCAAACAGCGCAAAUCUGGCAGGUCUGCGGGCAAAUAUGAUGUCUACCUAAUCAACCCAGAGGGAAAGGCCUUUCGUUCGAAAGUGGAGCUCAUAUCGUACUUCCAGAAAGUAGGAGAUACAACCACUGACCCUAAUGACUUCGAUUUUACUGUCACUGGCCGUGGCAGCCCAUCAAGACGUGAAAAGAAACCACCGAAGAAGCCAAAAGUCAUGAAAACCUCUGGUAGGGGUAGAGGAAGGCCAAAGGGAAGUGGUAAAAUACGACUUGCCUCAGAGGGAGUAGCAGUGAAGCGCGUUGUAGAGAAAAGCCCAGGGAAGCUAUUAGUCAAGAUGCCUUUUGUAUCACCGUCUGUAAAAACUGAGGUGGAAGCACCCCCUGCACAAGCCCCUGUCAAAAAACGACCUGGUCGUAAAAGAAAACUAGAGCAUGACCCACAAGGGGCCCCCAAGAAACGGGGUCGCAAGCCUGCUUCUGUUGUUGGUCCUACUUUAAGUGCUGGGACAAGUGUUGUUGUUCCAGCAGGAAUAGGCACUGUGUCUCAAGUAUCUGAAGCCAAGAAGAAAGCUCCAAAGGAAUCUUCCAGCAAGCCAGUGCAAGAGACCGCACUUCCCAUUAAAAAACGCAAGACACGGGAGACUGUGGAAGAACCAGAACCCACUCCUGCUCCACCUGUAGUGGAAGAGGUACCUUCACCAGGGAAGAUCCAAAAGUUUGCCAAGAGUCCAGUCCGAAAGCACAAGGAUGUAACUGAGGAAGACAGCAGCAGUGGCAGCCCAACUAAAAGCCACAAAAAGAAGGAGCGCCAGCAACAUAAACAUCGUCAUCAUCACCACCACCACUUCCAUCAACACCAAGAGCAUCACUCUGAGGACAAAGCAGUGGCCCAAGUGCCUCAGGAUAAUGAACCACAAGAUUUGAGCACUCCCAAACUGUAUCGCGAGGAGAAGCAGUCAACUGCCAAAACAGAGGCAGCCCGAGCUGACAGCUUCCCUAGUAAAGAGGGAGCAACUCAGACUCUAAGCACAGCAGAUGGUAAACAUCGACCCAGCAUGGUAAUUGGAGGGGGGGUAGGAGAGGGUGCAGAAAUGAAGGACAUAGUGCCAUCAUCAGCUGUGCCUAGGCCUGCUCGAGAGGAGACGGUGGAUUCCAGGACGCCAGUGAGUGAAAGAGUCAGCUGACUGAGAAAACAAAUAAGAGUACAUGAGAGGAAGAAGAUGGAAACAGCUUUUCAAAAAAUACUUAAAGGCAGCUGCUAUGUCUUGUUCUCCUGUGGGUAGGGCUGUUUAACCAACAGAACAGGGAAAAAAUAAAUUGCAAAUUGCUUCCUGAUUGGUAAUAGGUCUUCUGAUGGAAUUUUUUUUUUAUUUUACCCAGUGGUUUUUGAUGACUGAAUGUGAAGUUGAAAGAGUGAAUUGUUUUCACAAAGUAAUUAUUAAACCCACUAUACCUUGUAAUUCUGAACUAAAUUAUAUAAUUUUGGAAAAGGUACCGAAGUGGUGUUGCUUAUUACUCGGCUGCUUCAGUACAAUAAAAAAAAAUGUUGGCCUGGUUAGGGGGAAAAGUGUAAAAGAUGGCAGGAUGUGUUUGUCCGUCUUGAAAAUGCGGUAUGUGUUUUGUCUAAUGAAUUAGUUUCUUAUCUACCAGCCCUUAAAGAGCCCUAGCAAUUAAAGCUUUGAAUAUAAAGUUAUUGUCAGUCUGAAAAGAACUUCACUGAUCAUGUAUAUGCAAAGGGUUAAACAAAAGUAUGAGAGCCAAAGCCCAAUGGUAAGAAACCUGAGAUUGUGUCUUACAUUUAAUGCAGUAUGACUGAGUGAUGGAAAGAUUUUCAGACAGGUGUAGGAGAUUAAGAUAUCUGGGGAUUUGUUUCUCAUGUCUGACCACAGAGGGUAAAAGUACAGCAUUCCCCUUCAUGUUAUAUAUCAGUUGAUAUGGAACUAGUUGUCCAGUACAGUACAACACAAUGGAAUCUGUUUGUUUACUGGGUAGACUUCCUACUUACAUGUUUGUUUAUUUAUUCUUGAUAUACACAUAGGAUCAUUAGAGUGUGCUGUAUAUAGAUACACUUGUUACAGAAGGUAACAUUUAAUCAUGUUGGAGGAUUACUGAAUUUUAAAAAAAAUCCAUAUUAUGAAUAAUUUGGAUUUUUUAACUGAAAAUCAGUGUCUUGUGUAAUCUAUAAUUGGUGAACCAUGAUAAGUACACAGCCAUAUAUAAUAUAUUAUAAUUGAUAUGUGUGUGUGUGUGUAUUUUUCAGUACACACACACAUCAAUUUUAUAUAGUUAAAUAAUCAUUAGUAUUUAUAGAGCUGUCUGUAUGCUUUGGAGGAUCUUAUCAGUGUGGUUUUUACUUUUAUGAAUUAUGGGGAUUUUUUUUCUUAUGCUCUUGUCUUUUUUGUUUACAGGUUGUUUUUUGUAUAUUCAUAUUCUCUAAGAAGCACCUUAUCUGUCAAAAACAUGAAAUAAAAGUAAUAAUAGAAUCAGAUAAUGUAUAAUCAAAAGAAAGCAGUUUCUUAUGGCAUUUUCUGUUUGAGCACACAGGCUGGCUGUUAUGAUUUUUUUAUUUUGGGACGGGUGGAACACAACUAAUUCAGAGCUUCCAGUUAAUGCCAGUAGGUUUUACUAGAAGUAUAAAAGUAGCAUUUUUCACAAUAAUAAUGUAAAACAAAUCUGUCCAGAAAUGAGAAUGUAAAAGUAUGAUGUAAAAAUUUAGUAUCUAACUAUUAUGCUUAUACAAUCACCUUGUUUAUAGUCAUGGUUGACCAUGAAGUUAUUUUUUAUCUGUUAUUGAUUUUUUGCCUUUGUCAUGUUGUCCUUUACAAAUCAUUUAUCUAGCAUUUAGGCAUGCUGCCCUGUUUGUUAGCCAUUACUAAUUUGUGUAUAAAUGUGCAUGUUUCACUAUUCAGUAUAAUGUAGCUCAAUGAAGAUAUAUAAAACAGAUCGCUUUUUCCAUCGUUUUGGUCUGACAUGGAAUAUAUGAGUAGAAACAGUAUACUGUAUCAAAAUUACAAUAUGGAUAAUGGCUUUAAGGUGGUUUGCAGGGAGCACAAAUGUCAAUUGCAAGUCAUGUAAUCCUCCUGUGUUCGUGUGCGUUCUGUAAAGCAUUGAAGACAAAGAUAUAUAGGAAAAACAAUGUAGGUUAAACAUUGUUUCUUUUUUCCAUAUUUUUUGACUGAAAAAACAAGCUGAAGCAGAACUGCUUACAACAGUAAAGGGAAAAAAAACUUUCUGGCAUUAACCUUAUUUAAAACAUCUCAUGCUGUACAUGUAGUUACAAUAAUAAACAAAAAAAGCAUAUUUAUAUGUUUAUAGCAAGGAAAAACAGCCUGAGUGCUUACAGAAUGGAUAGUGCCUUGGUGUUUAGGUGACGAGCAAUAGAAGUGACCUUUGAUACUACUUGUUCACCACAUUUUUCUUGCAGACUGGAGGAAUAUAGUGUGCUGAACACAGGGGAAGGAAAGAAUGUGCCAUUAUUUUGUGAGGAGUAAUAGAUUUAGAAAUCAUCUAGUUUGAUAUACACUUAGAAUUAUAAUGCUGUUUAACUAGCAGUUUUAUGAGUACAGUCUUUACCAUCUAAGAUAAAUUGCCAUUUUUUAAAUUGUUUUUCUGAGUAAUGUCUCAUCAAAAUUCAAACUUUGCCUCUUUCAUUCAUUUUCAGUCAUCAAGUUGGCAUCAUUUUUUGUUUUUCCUCCCUUUAACAAAAAGUCUAAUGAUAUGCUUUAAAGUCAAUGAUUUCUGUACUCUCCCUAUCUUUUUAUGAAGAUUGUAGUGAUCACUGAUUGAAAGUUUUUUUGUAAACGUGUCUCUAAUGAAGUAUUUGGAAUGGAAUAAGAUUCAGUUAAACAUAAAAUACCUUUGGUACCCUGUCCUCGAAUUACCCAAACUGCUUCAAUUUCAUGUGCUCAUUUGUAAUGAUCUUUUGCGUAGAUAGCUUCCUGAUUACUGCUCCUUAGCUUCAUUAGCCAUUAAAGACAGACCUUGCACAGAUCAAUUUGGAAAUAAACAAAAUGUCUCAACCUUGUCCAAGUUAUUAAAAAAGUGCACUUUAUAUGUUAUGUUGCCUUAUGUGAUACACCUCUAAAAUUUUUUGGAUGUCCAAAGAAUUUUAAAUGUAAUUUUAAAGAAUUGCCUAUCAAAUUAAUGACCACAUUCCAUCCAGUCCUUGAAAUAUUAAAAUAAACACCUAAAUUUAUUGUCCUUCUCAAAGGUCACUUCUUAAUCAGUCAUCUCUUAACUUAGCUUCAUAAAAUGAUAGCUGUACUUAUUAAGCUACAGUACUGUGUCCUGAAGGAGCAUUUUUUGUAAACUUCCCCCAAAAGCAACACAAAAACAAAGUUUGAUUGUAUUUAUUGAAAUCAGAUUCAGAGUUAGAACUCUGCUGAGGUGGAAAAAUGCCAUCAUCUUUCACCAACAUUUUGAGGAAAACUAAUCUUUUAGCUCUGCAAUUUACACAAAACUGCCUAACAAGCAACACUUAAAAUAUACCACUAGAUAUUUCUGCACAAAUACGGUAUCAAUUUGAUUAUAAAAAAUGGAUGUAUCCUUUAACAAAGUCAUUGGUGUUUUGUUUUGAUGUUUGUAUUUAUUUUUUGGAAAUUGAGAAAAUGACUCAAUUGCCAUAAAAUGAUUGUUUUUUUUGUAAUUGGCCUGCAGUUUUUGUAAAGGAUGUUGUAUUUCUACAUGAAUAAUAUCUGGUUUGGGGUGGGGGGUUGACUUAUAUUGAUAUUAUUUAUUGAUAGGCUUCUGGGAAUUGUUAACUUAUAUAUUUGUAAUUUCAUUUUUUGAAUGUAUAUUUUUACCUGCACCACUCUCCCCAACAGCUACGGCACGGAAUAUACUGUGCAUGUGUUCACAGAUUGUUGAAUCUGUUCAGCUAUGUUAAAAAUCAUCUAUUUCUUCAGUUCAGCUCUGCAUGUGCUGAAACUUAUUCUGCUUCUGUUUUUGGCCACUCUUAAACAGUGUGAAAAACCAUCAAGGUGUUGUGUUUUUUUUUUUCUUUCUUUUUUUAUGGCACUUAAAAAUUCAUAAACCCAAUGAAAUUUGUUGUUCUUUUUUCCUAGUGUAAUUGUGAUCAUUUUAUGUUUUACAUGAAUGAGUAAAGAUUAGUUUUCCUCAUUUUUGAAAUUCUGUUCACUUUUCUGACUAGAUACUUUUCAGCCUUCCCUCAAUUUUAUGAGGGUCAUUCAGGCAGUAAAGACAUACUUAUUAAUUCUGAAUCCUAAAAAUAGAAUUUAUUAUUAAUUAGAAAAAAAAUCAAUUUAUUCUAAUUUCUUAUAUUGUCUUAUAAAAGGAAACUCUUUUGUUCCACCAUUUUAUUAUUUUGUGUGUUCAUCUUGCAAAUAAUUUUAGUUUCUUACAAUGUCAGUACUACUGCUUUCAUUUCUUUGAUGCGGUGAAUAAUCAGCAAAUCACUUCUGUUCACUUUCAAGCAAUUGGGUCACUUGUUGGAUAAUAUUUUAGUUCAGAUAGUAUGUUCCGAAUCAAACAUUUAUAUAAGUUUGUUUUCUGACUUGGUUUCGGUGGUUCUUCUAAAGUUUAACACUGCCAGUGAUUAAAAAUCUCUUGAAAACACCUUGCAUUUGACAAACGAUUUUUACAUUUUAAAUGCAGAAUAUAGCUCGCAAGUAACGGCUGUGCAAAUUAUCAAGUAAAAUAUCCUUCAAGGUGCAAUGUGGCUUAUCCCAUAGUAUCUUUGCUUACUGAACCAUUUUUGUAUUGGAUGUUUAGAUUUCCAUCAAGGCAACUGUUUGAAUAGACUUUGAACGUCGCUUUAGUUAAAAAAAAAAAAAAAAAAAAUCUAGAUUGUAGUAUUGCUGUUGAGAGACGCUACUGUAAUUUCUCAUUACCACCCAAGCCUCACUUCAUGUGGCUUUUCCUGGUUAGUAAAUACAGAGCAGUUGAAUGCCUGUAUUCUUAUUGUGCCACCAAAACAAUCAUUGUUAUAGGUUUACAGUAGUUUAAAAUUUAGGGGAAAAUGUUCCGUACGUUUUAUUUUCAUUAUUAUAAUCAAAGGAGGAAAAGGAGACAAGAACACCCCACUUACUGUCAGUGAUACUCCUGUAGGUUUAACUAAACAUGCAGCAAGCUGUCUCUCGUUGAGGUGUAGAAAUUUGGUGGAUUCAAUGCCACAUUCUGAGUAGAAUUAAAUAAAUGAAUUCAGGUUGUUGGAGGCAAAAGAAAAUCCAGAAAAAGACAAAUUGACCAUUUUUAAGAUUUUGAUGUGAUGUGUGCAUACAACUCUUUGUUGAACCCUUUUGACCUUACAUUGAGUAGAUUAUUUGCACUUGUACAAAAGGAAAAAUAACUGUAGUUAUUUUCAUGAAAUUUUCCAGUAAAUAUUUUUUUUAAAUGUAGUUCAGUGUUAUGUGCUGAAAAGACUUUUCUAUAUAUUUUUAUAUUUAUAUAAGUAUAUAUAAAUAUAAAAUAUAUUUUGUGGAACUGAUCUACAUAUUGCUAGUAAAGACUAACCAAGGGUGGGUUUGAGCUUGGGUUUUUUAAUGAUUUGUGGGUGUGUAUUACCCAGAAAGCACAGGUAUUUCUGUGUUACAAGAUGUGCUGACUUGUGCCACUUUUGAUUUAUGUUCAUGUAUCAGUGCUGCGUUACACUGGACUCUUCCCCUUACCAACCCAGCCCUCUUGCUUUCAGUAUAUUUUCAUGAAUAUGUUAGUUGUCAUGGGAGCAAGGUGAUGCUCACAACUUUUAAACAGAAUCAAGGAAUGCUCAAGUAUUCUUCAUUUUUAGUAGAUACUUAAAAAUAAUAUAGUUCUUUUCUUUAUAGCCAAAUGAGAACUAUUUGCAUGACAUAUUUGUAGGGUUUUUUUGUUUGUUUUUUUUUAAGAUUGAUAGCAACUACACAGCAAUGCAAAUACCUAUACAAAUUAAAAGUAGUGUUUCAAAUUAUACAAUCAGGAAAGCCACUAAAAUAUUUACUCACUCUUUUCAUACAGUUGUUGUUUUAUGAUGCACUGAUGUGCUGUCUAGUGUUGAUUCUCGCCUUGCAUCCUUUACUGCCAGAAUAGCCUCCAGGUCUUUGCAACCCUUUAUAGCAAAUCAAAGGUUCAGAAAAUUUCUGGAGGGUUGAUUCAGUGGGCUGUUUAUCUAGCAAUAAUGAGUCUUUUAAAUCGUUUUUUCCUUUAAUAGAGUUGUAGCACACUUGCUACUUUCAUUACCUAUUCUGUAACAUUCCACAAAUGAUUUAAAAUAUUGGUUCUUUUAUCUAGAGGAGAAGUGCUUGAGAUAAUUAGCUUUAUUUUGAAUCUGUAUCCUAGCUGUAUGGCGUCUUUUAAAAAUUAAGCUAGAUGUUUUGUUUUUCUUUCUUUCCUGCUUCCAACAAAUGCAUACAUAAAACUCUUUCCUCUCCUUUAUGUAGUUCACAACCAAAUGCUAUGCAUGUUCAUUGGCAAAAGUAGAUGGAGAGUGAUGAGGAGCUGGUAAUCUUAAGGUCAAAAGCAAGCAUGCAAUAUGUAUUUGUAAAAAUUACAAGAUCCCACUGAAACACAAGAGGAGGCACAGUUCCUAGUUGUUCCUUGGCAGCAUCCGAGAGGCUGUUAAAUAAAAUGUUUGCAAGCUUCAUAUUGUCUGAAAGUUAAUUAAUUACACACAAUGUUUCCAGUGUCAUGGAGUAUUUAGAUUAUUAUAUAAAUAAAGAAUAUUAGUUACUUUUAGUAGAUUAGUGGCUUUAUGCUAAAUUAUGUGGAAAAGUUCAGUUUUCUGAAAUGCAAAAGGAAAAGUGUGAGCCAAUGUUAAAUGUAGUGUGGUCCUAUGUUGUAAGUGAAAAAGAACAAUGUUUUACUGGGAGCCUUUCACUUGAGAAAAGUCUGUCAUUUGGAUUAUUUUUGUUUCUCUUUAAAUUCAUCAAAUUAUACAUGCCUGUGUGAUCACGGCUGAAUAUUAUCUGUUUCAGAUUUCUUUGCUUUGUCUUUUAGAAUCAAAUAUAGUAAGGCUAUAUGCCUAAUGAGAGGGUGCAAAUUACCAAAAGCACUAACUGUAAUUGUUACACAUCACUACCAGUGACACCUUUUGUAUUCUUAAGGUUGGACAUGUUUUUUUUUAAGUGAAUUGUAUGGGUUUUUUUUUUUUAGAAUUCUGUACUGUGGUCUUUUAAACAACUGGGUAUCUGUGGAUAUGGAAUAUAAAUUAUGCACCCAUGUCCCGCAUUGGUAAUACUUCGUAGCCUGUCAGAGAUUAAACUUAACAUAAAAAGUGAUUUGUAUCCCAGACUAAUUCCUAACUAGGUGUCUAAUAUUGCUUUUGACUGGUAUUUCUACUAACUGCCAGCUUCACUCCACUUCUCCCAUAGAACAUGCUGAAAACUUCUGAGUUUUUGUUGUAUCUAAUGGAUAUUAAACAUUUUUGUUUUAGAAACAGUAAGACUCCGCUGAAGGACUUAUCCUCAAUGUACAGUACAUUUAAUUAUUGUUAACUUGAUUUGGAACUGUAUUUGACCUCCUGUAGAAUUCAGAAUAGGAAACAGCUAUCGCCUUUCAUUGAAGCCGAAUCAGCCAGCCCACAUUACUGUACUGUUUAAAAAAAAAAAAAAAAGGUUACAUAAAUAGUUUAUUCUUGUGACUUGUACUUUUUUUAGUAGCAAUCUCUUGCAGUUUAUUAGUUGCCACUAAAUGUAAGGUGGUUUUUGUUGUAAUCUGAUAGCCGAAAUCAAAACUAAGUGUCAAUGGGAAUUCCUGUUCCCAAAAUAUUCCAGGAAAUGAAAGUAGUGCUUUCUUUCGAGGAGCAGUCAUUUUGAGCACAACAUGUUUUCUGCUUGAGUAGGCAAAGUUUUGUUCUUGUAGGGAUACAGAUUUUGAGAUCUUAAUGUCCACAUAUUACUUCUAUUUUCCUACCAGGAUGAGAAUGGAAACAAAUUACAUUACAUGUAAGUAAAUUCUAAUAUACGACACCUUCUUCCACUUAGCAAGAAGGGAAAAAUAAAUAAAAGAGAAGUAAAUGUGUUCUCAGAAAUUGAAGAAAUAGGUGAUGCAGAAUGUGUUAUAUAGGUAAUGUGCAUGAAGUGAAAACUCCAUUUGGUAUGCUUUUCCUCAAGAAAUUAUUGAGCACUGCAAGUCAGUACUAAUGUACUUGUCCAGUGUUGUAAUGUGUAGACUUAUUUUAAACCCUCGUUAUACUCGUCUCAAACAGGUGUAAUGUCACUAAAUAUACAGUAUUAUUUAUGCGGGUACAUUGGGUAAAUGGCUUUGUCAUUAGAUCAAUCGUCUGCUGCUCACUGAGAAGUUCUUUUAAAUCCAUAAGAUACACUCUGGGAAAAGACCAUGGUUUAUUGAAAAUAAGAGCCCCUUGACAAUAGACAGUAUUUACGUGUUUAUGCUAAAUGAAAUUGCACAUUCUGUGCUUGCAAAAGAAGAAAUAUUUAAGAAAAGAAAUGAAUCCACAAACUGGUCGAUAGUAGCAGCUAUACCUCCAGUUGAGUAGGACAGGCAGAAUUGUCUGCAAAUCACUUCUGCUUAACCUGUGAUCUUUAUUUACAUAAGUGGGUGUCUUUUGGUUUCUAGAUCAUUAUCUCUUUAAGAAACUAGCAAAACCAGUGGUUGUGGUUUCAGAAGUCCAUUGUAAAUAUUGUAAAUAACCAACCUAGUUUAGAAAUAACAGUACAUUAUGCUUACUAGUGGGAGAUGCCAGGUCCUUAAUACUGUGCAUUAAAAUCCUUGAAUAAACCUUGUUAUUUUUUUAGAAAAAGUUUCAAAAUGACUGCUCUUCACAUUUUCUUUAUAUAUUUUUUCUGUAAGCAUCAAACACUCUCAUAGUAUGAUUUAUUGCAAUUUUUUGUUUACAUUAUGAUCAUCUUUGGGACUAAAGGAAGGGGAAGGUAUACAAUAAUUCCAGGCUGUGUGUGUUAUGGGGGUGUAUUUGUAUUCCCUAAAAUUUAACAUGUUUAACUUGCUCCCUUUUUUUUGUAACAGUCUCUUCCUUGCUCAUUUCUUUUUCAGACUGUAUGUACAUGUGUGCACACUGUGCACUUCUGCAUGUCUGUGCUCCUUUUACUCUGCCCUACCCACUGUCAGUACUUGUCCACAAAGUGCCCAAAGGUACAAAUCUAAGAUUUAGAUUUAGACUUGGUGUCCAGUAGUAGGAACUUUUGUGGUGUUUAUUUUCUGUGAAGUCAGUGAAAUUAAUCUUCCUGGUCAUUAAAGAAGAACUAUAUAAUCAAUAAUCUGUAUAAUUAGAGUUCGUCUUUUAUGCUUUUCUUUUUAAAUUGGAUUUUUCAUUUUAUAAGAAAAUGUUUGCUCCAGAUAGUUGAUUCUGUUUGAUUUUUUUAUACCGUAAUUGAUUAUUUUUUACAUAUAUAAUCUAAUUCUAAAUAUAUAUUUAAAGUUAUAUUGACGUAAAUAAAAUUUAAAAAAAUUCUCUGCUUUUGCCUACUCGUCUGUUUCAAAACAAAUGCUUAGCUGCAACAAUUAGCAUCUUGUGAUCCGUAAUGUAGGAUUUUCAAAGGACUGAAACCCUGCCUGACUUUCACUUACUCUUCAAUCUUUCGAAAUAAAACAGUUCUAAAAAGCUGUAGCUACAGUUUUACGCAUUUGCAACUGGUCUAGAUCUUGGAACCAUGGCAUGGCAGUCUUUUAACCCAGCUCCCAGACCUAUUGGGAAAACUGAGUUUUCUUUUAUAUUACUUUUUCUGUCUUAAGAAAGAAAUGAGUUUGUAUUAUAGGAAAGGUACUUCUCAGUCCAUUGUGUCAACAGUUGUGUAAUUCUUGCAGUUUAUUAAAUGUAAAAGUUCACCCAGAAAUAUUAAUUACACAACCUUAAGUACUGAUCACUCCAUGGCAUUCAUUUUAAAGUACAUAAACUACCUUAAACAUUGGAUGGAGAAACAACUGAAUAAUGUGUCAUAUUCCACUGAAACAAUAGUUUGACCCAUUUCCCCAAGAGUUUGAUUUAGUUUCAUAUAUUUCUUUUUCUGUUUUAACAAUGUAUUUUCUUUCUCAAAUGUUAAAUGUUUUUCAGGGCAAAUUAAGAAAGAAGCAGGUACCUGUUUAGCUGGGUGGGUUUUAACUAAUUUGUGCAACUUUUGUAAGCUUGUUUUGAAGAUUACCAUCAAGAGAAAGUUAAUGCUGUAUAUGAAGGACAUUAGCAAGAGGGUUUUGUCAGGAAAUGAAAUUCUGUCAAUCUUGUGAUUUUAAUACAAAUUCACUAACUUGUGGUUUGAAGGUCUAAAUAUAAACUUGUCUGGACUUGAAGAUGUGGCCAUUUUUUAUUUUUCUUAAGUCUGGAGUGUAAUUGGAGCAAGCAAACAAUAAGUAUUGUCAAAAUAAAUAUAUCUGCCUUGCCAAGGGGCCAACAUUUUCUCAUUGCUUCUGUCAGUUUAAAAAAAAAAAGAUUUUAAAAUAAUGCUUCUUGCUUACAAAACCAACCUUAGUGAUUUCAAUUAAGACCAAAUAUCUGAGGACUGUUACUAAGUGAAUGCCGAAAUCUUUUUUUUUUUGUCACUUGUCUCUUUCUCUUUUUCUGUCUCUUUCAUAUCUGAAUUUCAGAAAAAAACGAUAUAUAUAUAUAUCACUACUGUGUUUCCGAAUAACAUGUCAAGUGGAAUAAAGGAAGGCUUUAUUUUC